CGCUAUAUAUUUCAAUGUUCAGAUUAGCUAGAUCCAAAGCCAGCCUUGGUUUAAACCUCCGCUGCUAUUCUCAGCACCCGUUAGUGGCCCAGCUUUUUGCUCAGCCUCAGACUGCUCAACUCUCCCAACUUUCCUCCAGGCUCUCUGAGCUUGGUAGCACUGAGAAAUCCUCCCAAUUCUACCGAUCCUUGAUCUCCCACCCCCAGCUAGUUGAGCUUCUAGACUCUGAUGAGGGUGAAUUCGACUUUUUCCGCCACUUGUUGGCAGACAUCGAGGCCCAUUCGGACGCCGCCACAUCGCUGAUUUUGAAGAAUGACGUUGUUUCCCAGUUUAUCGGCCGCGAUUUUUCGCUUAUCUACACCGUAAAAGACAGUCUCAAUGUUUCCACAUUGGCACAGGUAUUAAAACACAACCCUGGGAGGGCCAAAUCCUCCUGGGAUUUCUACCUCGAAUACCAGGAUAUGGUUGCGGGGAGCGAACAAGCCCAUGUGAAGGCCAUCUACACUACGCUUUUGGAAAAGUUGUUGGGAGGUGAAGCCCAUGAACAGCGGUUCUUAAAGGAAAACAACCAAGUCUACCAGCCGUCUGGGUACGACAUUGCCAGAUGCAUUUUAUUGGUCAAAAGUGGCAGAGACUUAGGCCUCGAGCUUGACAGUACCGUGCUUUGCACGCACAUUUUAUCCUCGGGUGCCUCUGAGUUGGUUAGAUUGGUCAAACCAAGCAGGGAGGUGACUGAAAAAUUGCUCCUCUCGACUAGUACCGGGUUUCCGGCCCUCUACCAAUAUUAUCUCUCCCAGGAGUUUCAGCCAAAUCCUCAGGUGUUGAUGAGAGCCUUGACGAUGCUUGUGAAUUCAGCCAACGAGCUGCCUAGUGAAAUGUCCCAGGAAAUUCGCCAUGUAUUGGCACAGAACGGGAUCACUGUGGCCGCUUUCGAAGACCCCACCCUUUACGAUAGCCUCAUAGAGCGUAUCCAAACGGCCAAGCUUGACGCUGGGAGUACACCCCAGGCGUUGGAGUUCAGGCUCGCCAUCCUCAAGUCUCUCGGGUUGUGUAAGCGCGAUUUCCGGAGGGCUCUCGAUAUCUUCACCUCUAACUACAUUAUCCGUGAGUUAUAUCAUAUAGACACCGUGCAGUCGUUGGUGGUGAAGCUUUGCUGCCUCCAGGCCUUGACUACCAGCCAGCUGGUCUUCCUUCAGGUGGCACAGAGCUUCCAGAACGUCGUUGAAGGAAUGAAGAUAUCCGACUUACAGGCGUUGAUCGUCACGCAUGCCAAGUUUGAUGUGGAAAAGUCGUUGGAGCUCUAUAACGACUACAUCCAGCGGGUGCCCAAGAAAACAGAGGGCCAGACCCUUUCUCCUGCCGCUAAGAUCACCGAAGCGUUGAUCACCGGCUACUUGUCCCAAUUUGACAAGGAGUUUGCAUACUUGAUCCACGACGGUGCAGUCACUAAUGUGGUAAACACCGAAACCGAGCGUUUGGUGUUGAAGGAUCUUUUCAAACGGUUUGGGAAGCUGAUCACCGAGGAGAACGAAAACGAUCCUAUUGCGUUGAAACAGAUCGGGGACCGCAUGCUCGAGGACUAUGUUGAAAAGUUGUGUUAGAUAUAUAUUCAAGUGUGGUAAUGUAAAGAUAUG